AUGUCGAGUGCACUGCAGCCGCGCCGCGCCCUGGUUGUCUACGGCUCCGAGACAGGCAACGCGCAGGAUGUGGCUGAGGAGAUGGGACGCGUCGCUGAGCGACUGAGAUUCGACACCGACGUCGCUGAGCUCAACGCCAUCACUCUAAGGCAACUGCUGCAACAUCACGUCGUCUUGAUCGCCAUCUCCACCACGGGCCAGGGCGAACUACCACCCAACAGCCAGAAGUUCUGGAAAGCCAUCCGGAGCACUCGACUGCGGCCAGGAUGCUUGCAGCACAUGAGAUUUGCAUCCUUUGGUCUUGGUGACACGUCCUAUCCAAAGUACAACUGGGCGCAUCGCAAGCUAUACAACCGGCUCGUGGCACUUGGAGCGCAGCCGAUAUGCGAUCGUGGCGAGUCAGACGAGCAGCAUCCAGAGGGCAUCGACGGCUCCUUCCUACCAUGGUCAACGAAACUCCGCCAACAUCUUCUCGCCUCAUAUCCGCUCGCUGAUGGUAUCGAGCCGAUACCGGACAAUGUUCUGCUAGACCCGAAAUGGCUGCUCGAGACUAUAGACGAUGGUGCAGCACCUUCACCAAAACUCGAAUCUGUACCUGCGUUGAACGGCAACGCGCCUGAUGCCCCUCCGUCUGAUCUUCUCAACAUAUCCGGCGGACUUACUGCGAAGAUCACAAGCAACGAGAGAGUCACUCCGACGACCCAUUGGCAGGACGUCCGGCACCUCAAGUUUGAAAUACCAGAGACACAUCCAUACGUCCCAGGUGAUGUGCUUACAAUCUACCCCAAGAACUUUCCCUCCGAUGUAUCUCAGUUCCUCGAAUGUAUGGGCUGGACGUCCAGGGCUGAUGUACCUCUCCGCUUCGUCCCUUCAUCGUCGUCGACACCUUCCCACGCCACUCUGCCCAUCCGAAAUAUGGAGCAAGGUAGUACGAUAACCUUAAGAGAGCUUUUAACCAACCAUCUCGAUAUUAUCGUUAUUCCCCGAAGGUCGUUCUUCGCCCAGCUCGCGCAUUACACGAGUGACGAAUUCCACAAAACAAGAUUACUUGAGUUUACGGACCCUCAAUAUCUGGACGAGCUAUAUGACUACACCACGCGUCCACGCCGCAGCAUCUUAGAGGUCUUACAGGAGUUUGAAUCUGUCAAGAUACCUUGGCAGCGCGUGUGCAGUAUCAUUCCUACUCUACGCGGUCGCCAGUUCAGCAUCGCGAGUGCGAUGAACCCUACCACGGAGCUAGAAAAGAAAACAAAAAUCGAGCUUUUGAUUGCGAUAGUAAAGUAUAAGACAAUUAUUAAAAGAAUAAGACAAGGUGUUGCUACGCGGUACAUCGCUUCGCUCAUAGCAGGACAAGAAAUCACGGUCACGCUCUCGCGAGGCGGGCUUGGCGUGAGCAAAGAUGAACUCGAUAGACCGGUUGUUAUGAUUGGGCCAGGAACAGGUGUAGCGCCCAUGCGUUCGCUAAUAUACCAACGCGUACAAUGGCGCGAGGAGCAUAACAAACUCCAGAAUGGCCACGCGCAGGAAGAUGACGAACCUGUAAAAGAUUUACUGUUCUUUGGCUGUCGUAAUGCCGAGUCAGAUUACUUCUUCAAAGACGAAUGGGCGCAGCUCCAGUCCUCCAGCGUGCCGUUAGAAGUCUUUGCGGCAUUCUCCCGAGACCAGCGCCAGAAAGUCUACGUUCAAGACCUUGUCCGUCAGCAAUCUUCGCUGAUAUUUUCGCAUCUUUUCCACAAAUCUGGCAUCUUAUAUAUCUGCGGCUCGUCGGGCAAAAUGCCUCAGGCUGUACGCGAAGCGCUCAUUGAAGCUUUCCAGGGGCAUGGCAGUAUGGAUAGAGAAGGCGCAGAGGAUUAUCUGGUGAGCAUGGAGAAGAGUGGAAGAUAUAGACAAGAAACGUGGUAG